GCGAGAUAAUCCAAAGCGAAACUAAAGUCGUAGACAUUGGGGUACUUGCCUCCUCCUUUUAUUCGAAUAUACAUUCCUGUAAUUUAUUAUAGGAUAAACAAUUUAAGUCGACGAAAAUGAAAUGGAAGACGUAUGGAUGUGUCCUUCUCUUGGACAUUAUGUUCUGGCUGAUACUCUUUGCCGAACUGGUGUUGCUUCAGUUCCCAAGUUGUGGUGGAUUGCCUGGUUUGUGGGCUUUUGCAGUAUUAAAAAUUAUACUAAUUAACACAUGGACCGUUUAUAUUGACGACAAACCCACACCUGUGGUGAACAGGUUCGUGACUCUCGUGUGCCUAUUGCUUCCUGUCUUUGAAAGUGUUAGAACUCUAGUUGGGUUUUCUACUUUUAACGGAAGUCCAGUCCCUACGCUUGGUAUGAUCGUAUUGGCCCAGAUCUCCUCCAUCAUAGCAUGUGCGUUUUGGGAGAUGGAUUUGACCCAUGGGCAGAAGAAGAAAGGAGGUCAAAAUCUCGGCUCAACGGCGGUGCUGAAGAGGGUGCUGAAAUACUUCAUGCCGGACCGCCUCUACCUUGUGUUUGCCUUCUUCUUCCUCAUCCUCGGCGUGGCUUGUGAUGCAUACAUCCCGUUGUAUCAGGGAAGAGUCAUUGAUAUGCUGCGAGGUCAGCUCUAUCAAACACACUUUCUGAAGAACCUUGGAUGGCUAGCCCUUUUUUCUCUUGGAAGCCCUCUGUUCGCUGCGCUGAGAGGAGGCACGUUUAUGUGGAUCUUGUCCAGGCUGAACCAGAGGGUCAAGAGACUGCUGUACAGCAAUCUGCUGCAGCAGGAGAUACAGUUCUUUGAGGACAACAAGCCUGGAAGCCUGGCCUCCCGUCUGCAUUCGGACGUGGACAAGAUGGGUAAAACCGUGGCGCUGAACUGUAACCUGUUGGUACGCAGCACCAUCAAGGGCGUCCUCAUGCUGCAGCUGAUGGUCAGGCUGUCCUGGCAGCUCACCCUGCUCACCGUGGUGGAGAUGCGUCUCCUGAGCCUCAUUCAGAGCCAGUACAGCGUGUACAGCAAGGAAAUGAAGGAGGAGCUGCAGGACUGCCAGGCGGAGAACAACCGGCUGGCCACCCAGACUCUGGGCAGCAUCAGGGUGGUCCGCAGCUGCGGGGCGGAGCCCUACGAGGCGGGGGUCUACGGCCGGGCGCUGGACCAGAUGAGAGACCUCAAGACACGCAUGGGACUCUACAGCGCCACCUUCCUCCUGCUGCGAAGGCUGCUGAACGUGGGGAUCAAGGUGCUCAUCCUGGUCCAGGGCCGCUCCCUGAUCUCCUCUGGUCAGAUCACCGUGGGCGACCUGCUCGCCUUCUUCCUGUACCAGGGACCUCUCUCAGCAAGCAUACGGGAGUUCCUUUAUGCCACUGGAGAGUUCGAGAGCACCGCCGGAGUCAUCACCAAAGUGUUGGGUUACUUGGACCGAACGCCCAACGCCAAACCGGCAGGACGGCUGGCCCCCGAGGCACUGGCGGGCGGAAUCAGCUUCCAGAACGUGACCUUUGCCUAUCCGAGCACCCCUGAUAAACCCGUACUCAAGUCCCUCUCUCUGGAAGUACGCCCGGGGAAGAUGACGGCUCUCGUGGGUCCCUCUGGCGGAGGGAAGACGUCCUGCGUCAGCCUCCUGAAGAGGCUGUAUGAACCUCAGGACGGACAGAUCCUGCUGGACGGACAGCCGCUGCACAGCUACCAACACAAAUACCUCCACCAGAAGGUGACCCUGGUGCCCCAGAACCCGGUCCUGUUCUCAGGCUCGCUGGGGUCCAACAUCGGGUACGGGCUGGAGAACUGCACCCUGGGAAUGUUGCAGGAGGCAGCGAGGAGAGCGAGCGCCGACGGCUUCAUCGCGUCGCUGGAGCAGAAUUACGACACAGACGUGGGGGAGUGUGGCGUGAAGCUGGGGGCGGGGCAGAGGCAGUGCGUGGCCAUCGCCAGAGCUCUGGUCCGGACGCCCCGGGUCAUCAUCCUGGACGAGGCCACCAGCAGCCUGGACGCAGACGUGCAGCACGCCGUGGCGAGGCAGCUGCGGGGGCAGGGUGUGACCCUACUGGUGGUGGCCCAUCAGCUGAGGACGGUGGAGGAGGCGGACCACAUCGUGUUCAUGGAGGGCGGGGCCAUCGUGGAGCAGGGCACGCACCUGGAGCUCAUGGCCAGUGAAGCACGCUACUACCGCAGCUAUCAGGCUCUGUUUUAGAGGCUCAAUGCCUCUUCUGCACUUUCUAUUUU